AUGUGGCGAGCUCUCACAACAGCCGAAAAAAUCCACGUGGAUAUACAAAGAGUGUGGGUGGAGGACCAAUCGCAACUCGUGCAGUGCACAAUGUGCCUGGGAUUCGGUCACAGCAGGAAGUUCUGCAAGCAAGAAAGUGAGCUAUGUAGCCACUGUGGCGGACCACAUUUAAGACAAAAAUGCCCAGCUUACAAUGAAGGUAAAUCACCAAACACCGACUGUCCAGUCAGGAAGGGCUGGGAGAGAGCGGCAAGACAGAGCUACGCCUACUGCUAA